CUCUGUCUGCAAGAGUGACGUAUGAACGGCAGGAACGAAAACGAAAGAAAAGCCUCUUGUGCCGUUGUUAUCUUCUAUCAUUUCUGAAGAAUGGAGACAAACGGCCAAGUUAAUGGGCUUAAAUCUAAAAAGAAAGACAAUGGAGACGGGAAGGACAAUUUAUGGUCUGCGAUUUUAGAAGAGGUCCAAAAUCAAGGGAACACAAAAUUACCAUCAAAUAAGAAUGUACUUGUAUUGGGUGAUAAUGAAACGGGUAAAACAACACUCAUAGCUAAAUUACAAGGAGUUAAAGACCCAAAGAAGGGGUCAGCUCUCGAAUAUGCAUAUAUAGAUGUAAGAGAUGAAUAUCGAGAUGAUCACACAAGGCUCAGUGUAUGGGUCCUAGACGGUGAUCCAGGGCACACAAACCUGCUCAAAUUCGCACUGAAUGAAGACACAUUCCCUCACACAUUGGUGAUAUUCACGGUGGCCAUGACCACUCCCUGGGGUAUACUGGACCAGCUGCACACAUGGGCGGCGGUGCUUGGUGACCAUAUAGACAAAUUGGAUCUCACGCCUGAACAAAAGUUGCAGAGUAAAAAGCAGCAGGUACAAAAGUGGCUGCGGUACACAGAGCCGGGUGACGAGCUGGAGCCCACAGCGUCAUCACCCAUGAAGCGGUCCUCCAGGAACCUUUCGGACGAGCUGGACAGCGACGAGGAGGACAAUACGCUCCCGGAGAAUGUGCUGUCCACGAACUUGGGGCUGGAUAUCGUUGUGGUGGUUACAAAGACUGACUACAUGAGCACACUGGAGAAGGAGCACGACUACCGCGACGAGCACUUCGACUUCAUGCAGCAGUGGAUCCGGCGCUUCGCCCUCCAGUAUGGCGCGGCUCUCUUCUACACCAGCGCCAUGGAGGACAAGAACUGCGACCUGCUGUACAAGUACCUCACGCACCGGAUAUACAGCCUGCCCUUCUUGACACCGGCUCUCAUUGUGGAGAAGGACGCUGUGCUCAUACCCGCUGGCUGGGAUAGUAUGAAAAAAAUUAGCAUAUUAUAUGAAAACAUGCAGACAUGUAAACCAGAUGAUUAUUAUAGAGAUGUCAUCGUACAACCUGCUUCACGGAAGAGCGGCGGGCACCGCGAGGCGGAGGUGACAUCGGAGGACGAGCAGGCGUUCCUGCAGCGGCAGCUCACCGCGCUGCAGGCCGGCGCCGCCGCGCCGCGCGCCGACUCGCCGCUCCGCGCCGCGCAGCGCACCGCCGCGCAGGUGCGCGCGCACACCACACCUACACGCACACACGCACACCACACCUACACGCAGAAGUGCGGCAAGUGUACUCACCAGGGCGAGUCGCGGCGCGGCGGCGGAACCUUUCGCUUCAAUGUUUCGAGGAACGGCGGCUAUGUAGGACUAUUUUCCAUACUUCGAAUCACUCCCCGAAGGCAGUUUUGUAUGUGA